CUCGAGACAUUCUUAACGACGCUAACUCGACACCACAUUACCAAAAUUGACACAGCACAGGCGUACGGAAAUUCUGAAGUUACACUUGGCAGAAUCCAGGCAGGCAGCAGAUUUGUCUUUGACACAAAAUGGAGCCCUUUUUCAUGGACUGAAUCCAGUGCACCGUGGGCCACCAAUGAGCGCAUUAUAUGCUCCGCUGAGGAAAGCAUCUACAAGUUAGCAGUUGACCAAGUUGACAUAUUCUACCUUCAUAGGCCAGACCCAAUGACGCCUAUUUCCGAAACCCUUGCUGCAGUAAAUACUAUUCAUAAGCGGGGCCUUUUCCGCCGAUUUGGCCUUUCAGGCUUCCCUGCCACUGAGAUUGAAGCCAUAUACAAUCACUGCGCCGACCACAGCUAUCCUCUUCCCGUCGUUUACCAGGGUAGCUACAAUCCGUUGAAUAGGCAUAAAGAAACUGCCCUACUUUUGACUUUGCGCAGACUGGACAUCUCCUUCUAUGCGUACGGUACUUCAGCUGGAGGAUUUCUCGGCAAGAGCGUGGCGCAAGCAAAGGAAAUGGCCAACAAUGACGCUUUUGUCUCAGCAACCUGUCGGCCGUAUUUGCGCAAUGCCAACUUUUUGGAGAUACUAGCUCAAUGGAACACUGUUGCAGAAAUCGAAGGAGUGAGUCCAGCCGAGCUGACGUAUCGUUGGGUGGCGUACCAUUCAGCAUUACGCCCAGACCACGGCGAUGCCUUCAUCAUUGGUGCUAGUAGCCCCGAACAACUUGACGAAACACUCAGUGGCAUUGAAAAAGGCCCGCUCAGCGACAAUGCAUGUGCUUCUAUUCAUGAAAUAUGGGAAAAGGUAAAA